CUAGUCCGGGGGGAAAAACCAGUGAUCAUUUUUGUUUAAAGCAAUUGCUGUAUUCUGAUAUACAAACUGUUUCCUCUUUGCAUGUCUCUUCAUCCCAAGUCAUAACUGAUGUUAAUACGUAGUUUCUUAUUUUUGUGCGGAUAUAAUAAUUUUCAAAUGAACUUUGAAUGAAGUUAAAAUGCAUAGUAAAUAUUUCAAGCAAAAUUUUAUUAAAGCAACUAUCUUUUUUAAUUGCAAUGCCAAAAAAAAAAACAUUUCUUGAUUUGUUAAACCAAGAUCAUAAACGCUUUCUCGCUCCGCGCCACAAGCACAUCCCUAAGUAGACCUAUUAAAUUAUAACAUGUAUAUCUCAUUAUUUCUUCUUCUGCUAAAAUAGAAAUUGACUAUCUUCAUCGAUAGUUAAGAAUAAUUCUUUCCUUCAAUUGGAUCAGAGGAAUUUGAGAUUUUUUUUUAGAUAAUGUAGAUUUAUUUUGCCCAGUUCAAAUCUUCAAUGAGGCUCUUCUUUCUUAGAAGGUUUGGAUACCUGGUUUAAUUUCAAAAUGCUUCACCAUCAGAAUUUUCAUUACGACUCAAAGCAAGUUAAAAUCCUGAAGUAUAAUGAUUUUUGUCCGACGGUCUUAAAUGCAACAAACUUCAUUGCGUUGAUGUGCCUGCCAUUUCAUCCUCUGCGUUGACUUUGUUUUCAUUAAGCUUGUCACGUUCGAGGAGCUUUGACCUUUAUACUGUAAGUCUGAAACCGAAGUUUUCAGUUCGUCAGAGAGUGCCUUUUCAUUAUGCCUUUUUCUCAAUGGUAAGCGAUGAAUUAAGAAGUAGGAUCAAGUUAAAUUGAAAACUGAAGCACCGCUUUUGAAUCUGUUCCUCAAACUCUAUUCAUGACCCUGCCUGCUCACAUGAUUUUGACCUUUCACACUAUCUGUGAAGUUUAAUGUAAUCUUGACUUUGCCUUUAAUUUACAGAGGUUGAGAGGCAUAAUUUCUUUUCUUUUUUCUUUUCCAUAUAUUCUACUAUCUGCUGAUAUCUUUAAAGCCAUUAAUGGUAAGGGAAGGUCAACUCUGAGUGUGAAGAGGAAUCCGAUAUUUUAUAAUUUUCUUGGGCUUGUUAUUGAGCUUGCAGGGAAGCAAUGCAUGGACGUUGAUACAGAGGCAAGAAUACAGUUCACCCACAAAUAAAUGAUGUAUGGGUCGCUCACCUAAACCCAACCAAUUCUCUAUUUCCUCUACUGAUUUAUUAUUGCCCCAAACAACAUCACACUUUGAUACGCAGUUCCCAUUUUUCUUCAUCAAUUAACAGCCUGUGCCACUCUUCCUUUGACUCUUGAGAGUAUAGAUGUAGAUAAAGUCAAAUCUUUUUUUUUCUAUUUUUAAAUAAAGUUAAUAACCUUUUUUAAAAUUCGAGAAGAAGACUAGAAUUCUUUAACAAAAGAGACUAGAGAUUAUUCAAUCUCUUAAAAAAGAGCGAGUCCUAUUAGCACACAAAUGCAACAAGAUAUGUAUACUACAUAUAAAAGGCAAUUAAAAAAGUAGAAGGCUGAAGAUAUGUGUGAAGGCAUGAUGCAAAUGUUUUUUUUUUUUUUUUAAUGAUGGAGGCAGGAGAAGGAUGAAGGGAUUUAGGUUUGUGUGUAAUAGAGGGGGAGAGGGUGUGGAACUGUGGAUGAAAGUGAAUUUAGUUCAAAAUGCCUCAACAACUGACUUGAGUGCAUUUAUAAUGCUGCACUUGCACCUCAUGAGUCUUUCAAAUUAAUAACUCCCUCCUCUAUAAAUCUCUCCUCCCCUCCCCUCCCCUCCCCUCCACUUCAUCUCUCUUCCCGUCUUCCUUCACACCUUCCUCAAUCUUCAUCCUUCUUUCUUUCCUCUUGUUCUCCUUUAACCAAUCAUUGUCUCACUCAUACUCAUUUUCCUAAAUCCCCUGUUUGUUCCCCACAUGAGAUACAGGGAGCGUCAUUGCACUUAGUUUGAUUCUUGUGGUCAAUGGAUACCUCUACGGCAUUCCUGCUUUUAUCGGCCAUCACGGCUUACCUUAUUUGGUUCACAUUCAUCUCGCGGUCCCUCAAGGGUCCACGUGUAUGGCCUCUAUUGGGCAGCCUGCCUGGCUUGAUUCAGAACUGCCACCGCAUGCAUGACUGGAUCAGCGACCACCUCCGCGCCUGUGGUGGCACGUACCAGACUUGCAUCUGCGCCGUUCCUUUCCUCGCUAACAGGCAAGGUCUCGUGACUGUCACGUGCAACCCGAGGAACCUGGAGCACAUACUCAAGACCCGAUUCGACAAUUACCCCAAGGGGCCCACGUGGCAUGCUGUUUUCCACGAUCUUCUAGGUGAUGGCAUUUUUAACUCCGAUGGAAGCGCGUGGCUGUUCCAGCGGAAGACCGCCGCGCUGGAAUUCACCACCAGGACAUUGCGCCAAGCCAUGGCUCGCUGGGUGAAUCGGGCCAUCAAGGACCGGCUCUGCUUGAUUCUCAAGACGGCCGAGUUGAAAUCUGAGCCGGUUGAUUUGCAAGACUUGAUGCUGCGGCUCACAUUUGACAACAUUUGCGGCUUGGCUUUUGGAAAAGACCCACAGACUUGCGCGCCGAACUUGCCGGAGAAUGGCUUCGCAUUGGCUUUUGACCGAGCCACCGAAGCCUCGCUCCAGCGGUUUAUUUUGCCAGAGGUGUUCUGGAGGUUUAAGAAAUGGCUUGGCUUCGGAAUGGAAGUCAGCUUAAGCCGAAGCCUUGUCCUCGUUGAGGAGUAUUUGUCCAGGGUGAUUGAUAAGCGUAAGCUCGAGUUGAUGAGUCAGCAAGAGGAUGAGAACCCGCACGAUGAUUUGUUGUCAAGGUUCAUGAAGAAAAAGCACACCUACUCAGACAAGUUCCUAAGACACGUGGCGUUGAACUUCAUCCUAGCUGGACGUGACACGUCAUCAGUUGCGUUGAGCUGGUUCUUCUGGCUGGCGAUUCAGAACCCCACAGUGGAAGAAAAAAUCCUGCGGGAAAUAUGCACAGUUCUUAUGGAGACACGUGGUGAUGAUGUGGCAAGAUGGCUGGAUGAGCCUUUGGAUUUCGAAGAACUGGAGCGUCUGGUCUAUCUCAAAGCAGCGUUGUGCGAGACUCUACGACUCUAUCCAUCGGUGCCAGAGGAUUCCAAGCAUGUGGCGGCCGAUGACGUGCUUCCAGACGGCACAUUUAUGCCGGCAGGAUCAUCGGUGACGUAUUCGAUAUAUUCUGCUGGCCGGAUGAGGUCGACAUGGGGUGAUGAUUGCUUGGAAUUUCGGCCUGAGAGGUGGUUUUCAUCAGACGAUGACAAGUUCACGAUGCAAGAUUCCUUCAAGUUUGUUGCUUUCAAUGCUGGUCCGAGGAUAUGCUUGGGGAAGGAUUUAGCUUACCUACAGAUGAAGUCAAUUGCGGCAGCGGUGCUACUCCGGCAACGGCUCACCGUUGUUCCCGGCCAUGAGGUGGAGCAAAAAAUGUCACUGACUUUGUUCAUGAAGAACGGGCUGAAGGUUUAUGUGCACAAUAGGGAUUUGAGGCGAAUUUUGGCAAGCAUCCGUAAACAAAGUGAAUGAUAAACCAAGAUAAAUAAACACCUAAACAUAUAAAGAGUAAAUCCCAGACAAUUAGUUUUUACUUUUCAGAGCAUAUAUAUACAUAUGCAUGUUAAUGAUGGGUGUUACGUACUGUUGUGAAGUGUGAUCAGAAGGUGGAGCCGACUUCCUGUGACUUUUAGAUAUGCACGUUCAUUUGUGGGCAGUAUUGAGGUAUAAACAGCAUGUUGUUGAAAUUACUAUAAGAGAAAUUUGCGGGUCAGUGCGUGUAGGAAGCUAGCUAAUAUUCGUUGUCUUAUUGGUUU